AUCAAAGGCCUAUUACUCUUCAUUCCGAUUGCACCAUUACGACUACUGAUGAACCAUCGCCAGUGGCUGAUCUUCAAGCGCGUAUAACUAGCAAACAUCGCUCGUCGCCUAUUGAGACCCCUGCUCUGUGCUUUGGCAGCCUGACUAAUUGAUCUGUGCAUCUUCAGCUUGGUAUCGCUUGCUUAGCGAGGCCUUCAGUUUUUGUUAUAUCAACAAACGACCGCACCUCUCAACUCGACCACCGGGCAUCCUUUCAUCCCGAUAAACUGGCGCCCAGAUCACUUCCACGUCUCCAGCUGACUCAGAAUCAUUUUCUCCUACCAAAACCUCUCCUCCAGUCAACACGUAGGAUGUCUGACCUCGCAGAUCUUGCCUCUAAACUCUUCAAUGCGAAACUUGACUUCCGGCCCAAGAUCGUCCCCACAGCCAAACGAGUCCGCGGCGUCUUGAACGGCAGGUACAUCUUCGACACCACCGACGCCAAACUCGUCUGGGAGCACAAAUACUUUCCUCAGUACUGGAUCCCAAAAUCCGAUUUUUCGGCGACGGCCAAAUUUGAGGACGACAAGCCGGUCUCGGGCAUCCAGUCGUCAACAUCGAAAUUGUCCGUUGAAGGCGGCAAACCCGUCUCGACACUCCUCGUGCCCGACUCGUUCAACUCCGAACUCGCGGGCCACGUCAAGAUCGACUUCAAAGCCCUGGAUGCCUGGUAUGAGGAGCAGGCCCAGGUCCUGUAUCAUCCCAAAGACCCCUAUCACCGCGUGGACAUUUUGCCAUCCGGCCGCAAAGUGCGCGUUGAGAUCGAUGGCGUCUGUCUAGCCGACACAGGCGACGAGGGCGGCGUCAUGUCCUUGUGGGAGACGAAUUUCCCAGGUCGGUGGUACCUGCCUCGCACGGCGAUCAGGUGGGAGUAUCUCACGCCUAGCGAGACGCAUACGGGGUGUCCGUACAAGGGAGAAGCGAGCUAUUACAAUGCCGUCGUGAAUGGGAAGGAGCACAAGGAUGUGGUGUGGUGGUAUAAGAAUCCGACGCUGGAAAGCGGACAGGUCGCGGGCAUGUUAUGCUUCUAUCCGGAUAAGGUCGAUACUUGGGUCGAUGGGAAGCCGAUCGAGAAGAUUGGGAUGCCUGGGCUACCUCCGGGCGCGAAGAAGCAGAAUGAAGAGGAUGUCAAGGUGAAUGGAGGGUCAGGGUCGAAGGGUGGUAGCUGUUGAGAUACUAGUAGGACUGGAGUCGGGCUUGGUUGCUAAACAGGACUCAGACAAUCUAAGUGAGGCACAAGUAUGGGGGGCUUUCGAAGGGAAGGGAUAAGUAUUGGUAUUUAGUGUGUGAAUGCAGUGUUGCUGCGAUUCCAGUGAACUACAUGCCUGUACCUCACACUGAAUGCCUACCUACUAGUAGUGUGACACCCACUCUCUCUGGACAUCACGGGCGACAUUGGCAUUGUAUGGUCAGGAGCAC